AUGCAAUCCAGUACAAGUUUCACCUUUUCAGACCGGGAUUCACCAUCUUCUGACACGUCCAUCGUCACACCAUCACGUCACUUAGGUUCUCAAGGACCUCAUACAAGCAAAUUUUUUCUAAAUGAUUAUCAUAUAAACUCCCAGCCACAAUUUUCACAGUCGAAUCGAGAUCGCAUAUUUUCGUCACCCAUAAAGGUGCCUACGCAUCACAACCGGAAUUUUGGAUCAAGAUCUUCAAGCACAUUAUCAACCCCAAAAAGAGGAAAGCGUAGAAACUCUGAUUCAGAUGAAGGUUUCAAAAGAACGAAGCAGGCAUCGCUUUUCCAUAAGCAAGUUAAUAAUGGUCUUCCGAAAGAAAAUCUCACGAUGCAGAACAUAGACUUGGAUGAAUAUCCGAAAUUUAAGCAUCCAAAUGGUGGUAUAAUUCAGUUCACUCCUAUAGGUAAUAUCCGUACAUUUGCGGAUGGUGAAAAUGUUGUUCAAAGAGUGAUUGAAAAGGAUUCGUCAUUUGAUCUGUCAAAAACGGAUUGCGGUAUAGAUGGCUAUGCACUUUUCUUUGGUAGUCACGGAUUUGAGGAUGAUGCCACCACAUCUUUACCGAAAUAUCAGAAGAGCUGCUUGAAAGGUGUUCCCCUGGAUAACUCCCCAUCAAACGAAAUAGAAGAAUAUAUGAGAAAUGGUUACACUAUGGGUUCUUCUCCAUCAACAUCCAGCUACUAUGAAAAUGGCACUUCAAGUUCUGCCAAGCUCUCUUUCUUCUUGAAUGAUGAUGAUUACGACGAUGAUGAUGAUGACGACGAUGCAAUCAUGGAUUAA